AUGGAUGUGGGUUCAGCCGUCGAUGGCCUACUACUGGUACUUGGCACGCUAUUCUACCUCACGAAACGACUGAUAUACUAUCUGUUGUAUCUCCUCCUUUUCCUAGCCUCCCCGUUGCUUUUUCUGGGACGCGGCCUUCUCUCGAUAGUGUUGCUUCCGCUUCGCCUCCUGGUCAAAUUCGAGGCAAUUCUCUAUUUCAUGACUGGAGCGGUGCUCACAGGAGUCACUGCAGGUCUGGUGCUCUAUUACAUGGAUGAUACCUUAUCGCAGCUCCUGCGACUUCCGUCAACAAAGUCCGAGCCCACUGCCAACUUAAUAGAGCAAGAUGAUUCGCCUUUUGAUUGGGAGACCAAAUGGCGGGACAAUUACCAGUCCUCGACCAUUCUGGAAGAAGACGAGCACAGCCAGAGCUCGGAAAACUCUAGGGAUUGA